AUGCAAUUCUCAUUCGCCGCCGUUGCCUUCAUGGCCUCUGCCGUCAUGGCCCAAUCCACCGUGUACUCCACCAAGGAAGUCACCAUCACCUCCUGCGGACCAACAGUCACCAACUGCCCAGCAGCCAGCACUGUCGUUAGCAAGACCACCUACCCAGUUGUUUACACUUCUGCCCCAGUCGUCUCUGCCAGCCCAAUCAACUACACCAACGCUACCACCCCAGUUGUUGUCAAGCCAGUCCCAACCACCCCUGCCGGUGGAAACUCUGGUGCCUCUGUCUCAGUUAUCGCCAUCUCUUCAUGCGUCCCAACUGUCAUCUACAGCACCAUUACCGUCCAGCCAUCUGUUGCCAGCCCUGCUCCAGCACCAUCCAGCACCGGAUACAUCACCCCACCAAAGAACGUCACCAGCCCAGCUGCCACCGCCACCCCAACCAUGUACGCCAACUCCGCUGCCGGUCUCCAGGCCUCAGCUGCGUUCGCUGCCGUCGCUGGUCUCGUUGCUGCUUUCCUCAUCUAA